AUGGCGUCCGAGCGGACGGACGAGCAGACGGACGAGGAAAACUUUUCUGAAGGCAUAGAGAAGAUGUUUGGCCAAAAAAUUUCGCUCGAUCCAGAUUUAAAAUAUGUCAUAGACGAAGGGAUUAAGGAGUCAAGAUGGAUGGACCCCGAGAAAAGGGCACAAGUAAUUGAAACUGCAGGAUAUUUGGCUUACGACAUAAUAAUUGUCGAGCGCCUAGGAGAUCAUGCAGAUGCCGAGGUAGCCAAGGGAGCGAAACAGGCAGCUGAAAACUGCAUAAAAAAAGGUUUGGAGGAGAUGAAAUGUCGAAGUGUUGAAGAAACCUCACAUAUACCACUAUCGCAAAAAAAAGCCUUUGAUCAAGAAGGUAUCGGAUAUGCAAAAUUGCUCGAGGAAGCGAUGGAGGCCGCUGAAAAGUACAAAGGGUAUAAUAAUGAUGAGGAAAAACCAUCAGCAAACGAAGAACCCUUACAAAUGCUGCCGAAAGAAAAUUCUAAGAAGGCGGCUUUUGCAUCUAACACGUCAGUCAAAGAGGGCAGUAUCGCAAAAAUGAGAAAAGAAAGCGCGAAAAAAAAGUGCGAAAAGAAAAAGAAGACUAAAAGAAAAUGA